AUGCUUUAUGAGAUAGAACUUCCACUUCGAGAUGGCGGAUGGUUCUUCCAUUGGAGAUUAGAUGCGCCGCAGGCUUCUGUAGAGGUGUGGGCGGCUGUAGAGAGGAUCCGAGAGGAGGUGGAGUUACAUUUAGAAGCGAUGAACAAGCGAGAAAAUAUGGAGAUUGACCGGUGGGACGUCGAGGCUUUUAGACUGAUCUUUGAGAGAGGCUUGAUUGAGGUGUUGGAUCUGGAGAAGCGUCCAAUACAGGAGCUUCGCACUAUCUCUACAUACCGCGGCAUUAUCAUCGCGAAGGGCUCUAACAAGGUGCACCUAAUCGAGACACUAGAGAAGGCUGAUGACGAACGCACAUUCCACAAAUUCCUCGACUUGCCAGCAGAACUGCGCGUUCGGAUCUACGACUAUCACCUCGACACCUUUAGAAACCUGAUAGACUCCAAGUUGCCUCCUGCUCCCUUUGAUUUUCGCGCGUAUUGGGAUAAAUCCUCGAGCGUCGCGAGGGCUCAGAGGGAGGUAGACCGCACGCACGAUCUACCACUGGGCAUGCCACAACCGUCCAUCACGAAGGUCUGUCAGCUGGUCCGCCAAGAGUCACUUCCACGCUUCUACCUGGUCCACAGAAUGAGGAUUGAGUUCGACAAUAAACGCCAAUGGGUACGAUGGGGUACCGCAGCACAUCCUACACUGCACAGUGACUACAUGUCCCAGCUCGCAAGAUCCAUCACCAACCACCCCAAGCUUCUGUCCGAGUACAAGAAGUUCCUCGUCCGCGCGAACCUGACAGCAACGAAUGGAAUGACUCAGGUUGAGGCGCAUCUCGAGAUCGAUCUCCCUCCACGCAAGGGCGCUAUAGUGUCACGUCAGAAGUACGACACAACGGGACGGGCGGUGGGGUCGUUCGAAAUACCUAUCGAAGACAUGAAGACGCAGGUGGACACUCUGAUGGGCAAAAUCGCGAAGCGGGAGGAACUUGAGCUACGAUUGGAGGACCUUCAAGCUCUCAGGGUCAUCUUCGACAAUGGAGCACGCAGACUGGUCGUGCCAUAA